AAAAUUGCGCUGUUAUUUCUGCUACAGCUGGUUGCCGCGCAAUGGAAAUCCGAGGUUACCAAGCAAAAAUCUGGCAUGUCAUAUAGGCUUCAGCCUUUCGACGACAGCCCCGUAAUUUUGCGGGAGGACAACUCGAAACUAUCCCGUUCCUCAGAUAACAGCAAGACUUGGGAACUCGUCGACUCGAUCAAGGGGAAUACCUCGUUCUUCAAAGUGGAUAAGAACUACCCAGGCAAGCGUGUGUUUGCCUAUGCAGUGAAAUCAGGUACCAUAUACGCUACAGAUGACCAGGAAGAAACUUGGAGCGAGAUCAGCCUUCCCUGAGGCGAUGAUUUUCUAGAAGAUAAAGGGUAUAGCUACUGCACCGUGAAAACUCACCCUCACUUUGAAGGCGACAUCAUCGUCUCAUGUAGUUUUUGCAAAAGGUUUUUUUUGUCGAAGAACGGCAAAGACUUCAACAAUUUGGACCUGCCCAAACCUGAAAAGACUUCCAAAAAUGAUUACUCGUCUGUUGACUGUGGAUUUUUCCGAGAGUAUAAGGAAUCAGGACUGGGUGGCGACCAUGAGGUCGUAUGCAUCUCAAGAACCUUGUCCAUUGGGCAUGGGUCGAACUUCUUGAAGGCUUCCUCCGUUAUUACAACAAAUGAUCACGGCAAAACAACUUCAACUGUGCGCAACUUCGAAGGCAUGACACUCACAGAUCUCAAAAUAAUAGGUGAUUACUGCGUGAUAACCACCAUGGAGGACAGGUUCAACUCUGAAUCUUUGAGGCGCGUUUGGGUCUCCCACGAUGAUAAAAAUUUUGACGAGGCCUACUUUCCAUCACAAUUGCGUUCAGGUUUGAGCAUCCGAUCCUUAGGAGGAUCCAAGAAGAAGCUUGCAGCAUCUGUGCGCCAACUACACAAAGGCACCUUUGGUGGUGAGGAGCUCCUUUUAUCUGACUCCACUGGCUUGAAGUUCACCCCAAUGUCGUCGCUAUUCUCGGAUGAUUCGGGCUCUUACUUUUUGAAAUCGGUAGAUGAACUGGAGGGCACUGUUUUGAGUACUUUUAACGCAUUUGUGAGUGAUAAACCCUUUUCUAGAACCGUUUUGAAAACCAGAAUAUCCUUCGAUGAUGGUCAGUCCUGGUCGACUACAUGGGACAAUCAGCAAACGUUCAUAUCUCGAGAUAGAGGUGCAACCUGGAGGAAAAUCCUAGACUUUUCAGUUACAGUGGCUUUUGGAGACCUGGGUAAUAUUAUAGUCGCAGCUCCUUAUUAUUCGAAUUCCGACGGCGAUUCUGCCGGUGAGUUUUAUUAUUCACUCGACCAAGGUGAAACUUGGACAGAAUAUGAAUUCGAUGAAGAAAUGUAUAUCCAUGAGGUCACACCCACUUCUCUGGAUGGAUCUGGCUUGACUUUCAUAAUAUCUGGCACUCAGGUCAGCGAUAUCGUAAACUAGGAAGACCGCGAGGGAAUUCUUUACACCAUUGAUUCCAGCUCGGCAUUUGAAAGCAAAAAGUGCUCAAACGACGAGAUGGAAGACUGGUAUUUGAAUGAUGGCAAAUGCCUGAAAGGUGCAGAGCGUAAGUUCAGAAGAAGAAAGUAAGACGCAAAGUGCCUCGUUCGGGAGCUUUACGAGAAUGCCAAAAUAAUCAAGGAAACAUGUCCCUGUGAUGAAGAAGACUAUGAAUGUGCACCUGAGUUUGUACCAAAUGGAUAUGGAAAUUGUUUACUUGAUCACACUUUACUAUCGCGUUCAGGCGCUUGUACCACACGUAAUUCCCAUGUCAAAUUGGCCCCUAAACAACUCGAGAGCGGAAAUUUAUGCAACAAACCACUUAAAAUUAAUGACCUCGAUGUAAAAUGCACGAGUAACGAAGAUGAGGGAGCAAUUGAUAAUGUUUCGGUUGUCGAAAACGAACUAGAUUUUAAAAUGACAUUCUACCAGUACUUUGACACUAUUGGUGAUGAAACUGCGAUUGCCCUUUCCGACAAACACGACGUUUACUUCUCACAUGACAACGGUCAAAACUUCCGCCAGCUCAGAAUUGAUGAUACCAUUAUAGAAGUGAUGUUCAAUCCGUAUUUCAAUUCAUCCGCAUAUCUGUUUGGGAAGAGUCGUAAGCUUUACAUUACAAACGAUAGAGCGAGAUCGUUUUCAUCUGUUGAAUUACCCCACGCAAAACAACUGGGGUUCCCACUUUCGUUUCACGCUAAGGAUUCUGAAACAUUCAUUUUCUAUGGUGGCCAAGGUUGCAAAAGUUUGGAUGAUGAUGCUUUUCAUGCGGUAGCGUUCGUCACACGGGGAUGGUGGUAGUAAUUUCGAAGAACUCGCACAGGGAGCGUACUCUUGCGAGUUUGUUGGCUCGACCUAUGAGCAUCCUUCUGACGACAACAUGAUUAUGUGUGCGAUUAAGGAUAAAGAGACUAACAAGAGAUCCUUGGUGACCAGUAACGAUUUCCUCAAAAUAAUCGCAAAGUAGUAUUCGAUGAAAUAGUUGGUUAUGUUUCUACUGGUGAGUACACUAUCAUUGCGGUCCCUCAUGAUUCUGAUGAGCUAAGAGCUUACGUAACAAUUGAUGGUGAAGAGUUUGCGGAAGCAGUCCUGCCAGCUGAUCUGUCCAUUAAACAACAAGCCUAUACCAUUCUUGGCUCCCAACAGGGUGCAAUUUUCUUUCACUUGACAACUGAAUCGUCCCCCGACAAAGAAUUUGGGGCGUUGAUGAAAUCCAACUCUAACGGAACAUCAUUUGUGGUUUUGGAGAGAGCAGUCAAUAAAGGACCUCGAGGCUAUGUUGAUUUUGAAAAACUUCAAGGCUUAGAAGGAAUUGUAUUGGUGAAUGUUGUUUCAAAUGCCGAGGGAAUCAAAGAUGGUUCAGAAGAUAGCAAGAGAUUAAAGUCAAAAAUUACAUUCAAUGAAGGAGCCGAUUGGCAAUACAUAUAUCCUCCUCCAAAAAAUUCUGAAGGGAAGGCCUAUGCUUGUAAAUCAAAAUUAUUAGAAGACUGUUCCCUAAAUCUUCAUGGAUUCACCGAAAGGAAAGACAUCAGGGACACGUAUUCUUCAGGUUCAGUUCUAGGAUAUAUGAUCGGUGUCGGAAAUGUUGGCGAAUAUCUUCUGCCAUAUGAAGAUUGUUCCACUUUUAUGAGCACAGAUGGUGGAAUUACAUGGAAGGAAGUUAAAAAUUCUCCAUAUCAAUGGAAGUAUGGUGAUCAUGGCAGUAUCAUCGUGCUAGUACCGGAUAGCAAGCAAACUGACACCGUCACUUAUUCAACGGAUUCGGGUAAAACAUGGAGGGACUUCAAUUUCACUGAAAAGGAGUUGUUCGUGGACGAUAUUGUCACUGUUCCUCAGGAUUCCGCGAUGAGAUUUAUGAUAGUUGCAACGUCACCAAAUGUUAAAGGUCAAAAAACCAAGACUUUCACGCUAGAUUUCUCGGGUUGCUUCAAUAGACAAUGUGUCCUCGAUUUCGAAAACGAAAGGAAUGACGAUUACGAUUAUGCCCCAAUUGCCAACCCAGGGUCCGAGUGUUUGUUUGGACACCAGGCGGAAUACUUGAAGAAAAUAAAUUAUGAUUGUUACAAUGGCGCCGCUCCACUCAAGGAAAUGGUAAGAAUUGUGAAAAACUGUUCCUGUACCAGAAAUGAUUUCGAGUGUGAUUACAACGGCUGUAAGGCUAAAGACGGCACCUGUAAAUUGGUCGAAGGUUUGGAUCCAUCUGAACCUAGU